AUGUCGGAGAGAUUGGCGCAGAGCAUUAUCCGAUGGGCAGAUUCGCGGGAAGAAAUGAUCAUCCGCGAGGUGGCACAGAGUUCCAUGGAUUAUCUGGUGAAGUUCAAGUGGCGGAAACAAGGAGAUGAGGAUGAGUGUUACGUGAACAGUGGCAAGAAAUUGAUUGUCUGUGCGAAUGACUUUGAGGUGAAGAGCGCAGGUGAGUUGAAAAUCGUCGAAACUUCUCGCAGUGGCAAUAUGGGCGAAUGGGUUAACUCGACACGAGUGCUGAAUAUCAUGACGGCGUUGGGCUACACCUUUGUCACGCCACCCAAAUGCCUUAAUUCAGAAUCCCACUUCUUCUUUGCACUUCGGAUUCCCCGGAGUUUUGCAUUAUCUCAUUUGGAUGCCAUGUGA